UUUUAAAGGGAGACAGAACAUGAAGACUCCUUUUUUUUAAAUUUUUAUUUAUUUAUGAUAGUCACACAGAGAGAGAGGGAGAGAGAUGCAGAGACACAGGCAGAGGGAGAAGCAGGCUCCAUGCACCGGGAGCCCGACGUGGGACUCGAUCCCGGGUCUCCAGGAUCGCGCCCUGGGCCAAAGGCAGGCGCCAAACCGCUGCGCCACCCAGGGAUCCCUGAAUUCUUUUUUUUUAUUAUUCAUUGAAUUCUUACUAUAUUCCAGGCAUUUCAUCUGGAUAUUAAAAGGAAUUAAUCCAGUAUUUCUCUCUCUCUCUCUCACACACACACACAUAGGGGACUUGAGAGAGUUUAACUUGUCCACAAUGGCAGAAUCAGUGGAGUAGAUUGGAACCCAGUCUGAUCUCAGAGUUAACAUAUAACCUCUCUCCCCUACCAAAAAUAAAUAAAAACCCUUAAAAAAAAAAAACUUAGCAGGUGAGAUAACAUUUGUCAAAUCAUCACAAGUCGAAAAACUCUAUUAGCUCAACUCUCGAUUGAGUUAAUAAGUAGUUUGUCUAAAAUUCCCACGCGAGUUUUUAUUAAGUCCCCAAAACAGAACACAAGUUUUAUAGAAUCAUGGAACAGCCAAGUCUUCGGAGCAUCCUAUGUCACUAAGGAGACACUUAGAACGGCGCCACAAGUGCCCUAGAUGACGUAACAGAUGGCGGAGUGGAUGCCAAGUGUCUUAAUUAGGGCUGAUUUCCAGGCAUUAUACCUAAAUGACAUAGUAUUCACCCAGGUCGCUUUUUGCCAAUGCUUCGUGAGAAAAUAUUACCCACUUAUUUGGGGGGGAAAAAAAACACAUCGUCGUCAUCAUUAUAUUAUUAUUACUUUUCAAAAAAGGCCUCACGUAAAGCGCGCUGCACGCAGGGCGCCCGGGGAGGGCCUCGAUCCCGCGCCCAGGACCCGCCCCGCGCCGCAGGCCGACGCCCAGCCCCUGAGCCACCCAGGCGCUGGCGGGGGCCGGCGCGUCUGCGCAGGGAAGUACUUUACUCAUCUCUCUGUGAGCAGCUCUUCUCCUCGCAGGUAUUAUUCUCACUCCGAACCAGAGCCCUCCCCGGGCUUCUCGGCGGGCUCAAGGGCAAACAAAGGCUGCUGUGGAGACCGUCCUGCCCAGGAAAACCGCAGCUUCCCGCUCCGCCGGCCCCGGCGCCGACUCCGUGGGCCUGCGAGGGGCGGGGCUGCAGGGACGACCGGCGACGGGCGGGCCCUCAACGGCUGCGCCGCGGGCGGUGCGGCCCGUCUGCGCAUGUGCAGACCGUUUCAAACUGCGGAGGCUGCUGGGUACCGCGCUCCUGAAGGGCCGAGCCAAUGGCUGAGGCGUGUCGGUAGCGCGCUUGCCUGUCGCGGUUCCCUCGGUCUUGCCACCUCCCACCUUACGGCCGCUCCUGGGGCGCGGUCCCGCCGCUCUCGCUGUGACCGGUCAGCGCCCGGCUUCUUGGGAGUCCCGGCCCGCGGGGACGCCCGCCCCACCCCGGGGCCGAGGGGGAACAUGGCUGCCGCGUCGGGUCUGGAUCAUCUCAAAAAUGACUAUAGAAGAAGAUUUUGCCGACCUUCCAGAGCCCCUGCCAUUAAUACGAAGGAAGGCCAGAACAUACUGGAAAUCUUACAAGACUGUUUUGAAGAAAAAAGUUUUGCUAAUGAUUUUAGCACAAACUCUACAAAAUCAGUGCUUUUUUCAACACCUAAAACAGGAGACAUUUGUAUUCAGUCACCAAGCAAAGAGGCUCAGUGCCAGAAAUCUCAUCUGAAGUCAGUUCCAGUUUCUUCAAGGAAGAAAGAAAGUGAAGGUGUCAACAGAUCAGCUCAAGACCAUGAAGUUCAUCAGGAAAUUUUGGCAACUGAUGUUGGUUCUAAAAAUACACCUGGCUUAAGAAGAACGUCAAGUAAAAAACUCAGAGAUCACCACAGUGAAGCCAGUGAAAAAUUUCACUUAUCUGUUGGCUCACCUUUAGUUCUUUUGGAUGCAAAAGCUUCUGUAUUGCAAAAUGCUGUUCCAUCUGUGGCCCAAAAGGGAGAGACCUAUACUUCUGAAAAUUCAGUAAAUAUAUUGCCUUCAAGUACAGAAAUUUCUCUUAAAACCAGAAAAAGGUUAAAUUUUGAAGAUAAAAGUGUUUUGAAGAAAGGAGAAAUAGCAAAUAAAGUAUCAGAAAUAGAGGAUAAAAUAUCAGAAGAAACACAAAAGAGGAGAUCAUCAAGAAUAUCUCAGAAAAGAGUACAAGACUCAGAAGAUGAAAUUCAGCCACAAACUAAAAAAAGUUUUUCAACAUUGUUUUUAGAAACUGUAAAACGAAAAAGUGAAUCCAGUCCUGUUGUUAGGCAUAUAGCAACUGCUCCACCUCAUUCAUCUCCUUCAAAUGACCUAAAGUUGUUAGAGGAUGAAUUUAUAAUUGAUGAAUCAGAAAGCAGUAUUGCCAGUCAACCUUGGAUUACUAUACCCAGAAAGGCUGGGUCUCUGAAACAGUACACAGUGUACCCUGCAGAGAGCUCUGCACUCCUUCAAAGUAAGAAGUCAAAAGAAAAACAUCACAGCGUGUCACCUACAGCUUUGACAAGUGACAAACAUUCUGGCACAGCUUAUGCAGUAGAGACAUCUCAGCCCUCUGAACAAAAAAGACUGGGUAGAAGUUGUGCUUUGACAAAUGAACUGGAAAAUGAUUAUAGAUCUACAAAACAUGAAAUGUAUUAUGAGAAUGCAGAGAAAUCAUCUGGAAAGAAAAAGACUAUACAACAACAAGAGAGAGGAAAAUUUAAGGCCAAUAUCCUUGAAGAACAGGUUGAUAUGGAACAAUCGAAAGGAAGCAAGAAAAAUAGCACCAAUGUUCCUUAUACAGUGUAUCAGAAAAAAGAUAAGAAAUCUAAAAAGAAGCAUUUUCCUAGUGGGUCCAAGAAGAAUAAGCUUAUACCUGAUGAAGUGACUUCAACUAUUACAAGAAGUCGAAGAAUUUCCCGGCGCCCAUCUGAUUGGUGGGUGGUAAAAUCAGAGCAGAGUCUUGUUUAUAGCAAUUCUCCGAGAAGAAAUGAAUUGUCAUUGUCUUACAACUGUAGACAAAAACUUGCUGAAAAACCAAAUCAGUCAUCUAAGAAUACUAAGGAAAAAACUAUCCCAUUUAAAGAGCGGGAGAUAACUACUUCAGGCAGCUCAGGAGCACAGGAGUUUUUAAAUGCUAAAGAUUCUGGAAGAAUUACUGACCAUGAUGAAAUUUCUGGUUGUUGCCAGAAUGAGUCAUUAGAAAGUGAUGAGGAAGACCUGGUUACGAAGAAAAAUCAUUCUGGAGGUCUAGGAAAUCCAAAGAAGCAAGGUAAUAUGACCACACAAAAUGUUCAUCUGAAGUCUCAGAUCAAGGAAUUUACAUGCAAGACUCCAGCAGAAUCUAACUUGGAUUCUGGAGAGCCUAAGACUUCAGUUUUGGAAGGAAGUGGACCUUUCAGGAUUAAGAAUUAUUUAACAUCUGGAAAGAAUAAUUCCGAUGUGGAUGACAAGGAAGUUUCGGGAAGUUCAAGUGACUCAAGUUUAAAACUGCCUCCUAUAAUAUCAGAACAUAAAAUACAUCACAAGUUAGUAUUGCCUUCCAACACACCAAAUGUUCGCAGGACCAAGAGAACACGAUUGAAACCUUUGGAAUAUUGGCGGGGAGAACGAAUAGAUUAUCAUGGAAGGCCAUCAGGUGGAUUUGUUAUCGGUGGAAUACUAUCCCCAGACACAGUAUCAUGUAAAACAAAGUCAAAAGGAAAUAUUGGAAAAGUCAACAAAAUGGCUAAUAGGAAAAGGAUCUGUCUUGAUGAUGAGGAAAGAAAGAAGAAAUUCAUGGUAAAUCUGAAUAUACCUUUGGGAGAUCCGUUGCAGCCAACAAGGGUCCAGGACCCAGAAACAAGAGAGAUUAUUACCAUGGAUCUUUUAAGACCACGAGAUACAUAUCAAUUUUUUGUUGAGCAUGAUGAGUUGAAAGUAUAUAAAACACUGGAUACACCUCUUUUUUCUACUGGAAAAUUGAUAUUAGGACCACAUCAAGAAAAGGGAAAGCAGCAUGUUGGCUCAGAUAUAUUGGUUUUUUAUGUUAACUUUGGUGACCUUUUAUGUACCUUGCAUGAAACAUCUUAUAUAAUAACAGCUGGGGAUUCAUUCUAUGUUCCUUCAGGUAAUUAUUACAACAUCAAAAAUCUCCUAAAUGAGGAAAGUGUUCUUCUUUUUACUCAAAUAAAAAGAUGAAAGAUGAAGCAAAGUUUAAAUACAUGUGUGUAUAUAUAUAUGUGUGUGUGUGUGUGUGUAUACACACAUAUAAAAAAGUUUGUACAAUUGAGACAUUAAUUGUGAUAUUUUAAAAUAAAAAAUUGAUUCAG